AAAUGCCUGAAGCUGAAAUAGUUUAUUCUGAUGUCAAAUUUAAAAGAGGGACGAUGGAAACCAAAGGCCCAGAGCCUGUUUCCUCUUUGGCUGAUUUGACUUACUCAGAUGUCAGGAUCUCACAGACAACUUCAGAAGAGCUGCCUGACGGCUCUCAACAAAAUGUGAAGAGCACAAGGUCAAAGGUCACCCCAGAGAGACUGGCCCUGCUGGUUCUCAGCGCUCUUCUGGCUGCUGCUGUUGUUGCCCUCUGUGUUACCAAAAGAGACUCUGAAGCAAAACCAUGCAGCACGGUGCAGCCUGUAUGUCCACAACCUCCUGAAGUUACAGGUGAUCCAUGUUCUAAAUGUGAAGAAGGCUGGGAGCAUCAUGGAGGAAAGUGUUAUUACUUCUCUACCAAUAAAUCAUCCUGGACGGAGAGCAGAGAUGACUGUAGAGCUAAAGGAGGAGACCUGGUUAAGAUAGACAGCAGAGAGGAGCAGGAAUUCCUGAGGAAAGAAGUGAGACGCAUAAUGAAGGAUCAUGAAGACAAGUUCUGGAUCGGACUGACAGACUCAGCAGAGCAGGGCAGAUGGUUGUGGGUGGACGGAUCACCACUGAACGAAAGUUUAUCUUAUUGGAACUACAAGGAGCCGGACAACUGGAGAGAGGACGACUGUGUAAUGAUGGGUGAUAAAGGUGAUCGUUACCAGAAGAAGGGUUACACCACUCAUGCAGACGUAAGGAUCUCAAAGUCUCAGCCGCCCACAAAGGAGCUGCCUGGUGAGCCAUGUUCUAAAUGUGAAGAAGGCUGGGAGCAUCAUGGAGGAAAGUGUUAUUACUUCUCUACCAAUAAAUCAUCCUGGACGAAGAGCAGAGAUGACUGUAGAGCUAAAGGAGGAGACCUGGUUAAGAUAGACAGCAGAGAGGAGCAGGAAUUCCUGAGGAAAGAAGUGAGACGCAUAAUGAAGGAUCAUGAAGACAAGUUCUGGAUCGGACUGACAGACUCAGCAGAGCAGGGCAGAUGGUUGUGGGUGGACGGAUCACCACUGAACGAAAGUUUAUCUUAUUGGAACUACAAGGAGCCGGACAACUGGAGAGAGGACGACUGUGUAAUGAUGGGUGAUAAAGGUGAUCGUUACCAGAAGAGUUGGUCUGAUACAUCCUGCAAAGUGUCUCGCAGAAGUAUUUGUGAGAAACCAGCAGCGAAAUGA